AUGAACCGUGUCUCAUGCUUAUCCUGGUGUGAAUAUUUUCGUCAACUUGGUAUUGACAAGCCGGAAUGUGCGCCAAUGUCGAUGAUUGAUCAGGCUCGAAAAAACGAAUUUUAUGAGCGUGCAAGAAAUCUAAACUUUAUUACGCCUGAACAAUACGCGCUAGCAAAUCUACAAAAUAGGUAUGAAAUAAAAAACGCUGGACAUUGGUCGUUGAAAACCACAAUAAGACCAACGAUACGAAAACCGGGAACUGUAAGGCCUACGCAUACAGUAAAACACACCAGAGCCACGAAUCGUAAUCGUUUUCGAACUACACCAGGACCAAAUACGGCGACAGCAGAAUCAGCACUGAUGAUUUAUGGCGUCACCAGAGUUACAACAGCAAUGGCAAAAAUUACAAAUGAAAGUACCACUUUAGGUAAACCAUACUAA